AUUGUGCAUUUGUCUUUUUCUGUGUUUGUUUUUUUCACAAGUGAAAAUUUACCUAGAACUCGCUGUUCCCAGGUAAACGGCUGUGCUAUUUGUUUUCCUUGUGCACAGGUAAGUUCUCUGAUUUUAGGGUAAAGAAAAUUGGUGGCGAUUCUAGAUGUGCACGACAUUUGUGCUUUUUAUCGAUUUUAACCUGUCUGCGCCAAACGUGUAUAAAAACUUUUAAAAUCUACAUCACACGUUUGGAGGAUUAUCUGGAAAAAUCAGCACAAACCUUAGCACAGGGAGCGGUUUCAGAGGAGCUUGCCACAAAAAACUUGAAUUUAACUCAAAAUGUCAUCGACAAGCAAGUCCUGAAUACAAAAUGUCAUCUGAAUCCCAAGAGAUCCCGAACCCCGACCAAACUGACAAGAGAAGUGAGAGCGAUGUUGACCUUACAGAGAAGAGUGAAACUCAGAAGCAAGGAGAGGGCAGCACUUCCGCCAUUUCCAGUUGCUGUUGUUCAUCGCCGUAUAUCCCGAGGAGGUAUAUAGUCACUUUCUUAACGACGCUUGGAAUGGUUGUUACAUACUGCAUGCGAACAAACGUUGGUGUGACCAUGAUAACUAUUUUGGAUGAAGAAGCCCAUAUGAAAGUCGGAACGCUACAAGCUAAGUGGAAUUUACCGACAGUGGAGUGGAACACGAGAAUGGCUGAACUUCUCCACAGCUUGUUCUAUAUCGGGUUUUUCCUGUCUCACUUACCCGCGGGAUACUUCACAACCACGUGGCCCUGUCACAAAACAUUUGGUGCCUGUAUUCUGUUUUCCGCUUGUCUCAAUGUUUUACUUCCCGUCAGCAUUGAACAUUUAGGAUACACAACUAGUUGUGUCAUCAGAUUCCUCCAGGGAAUAGGGGAGGGCCUCCUGUAUCCAGCAUCCUAUGGUAUAUUACGUCACUGGACAACAACCAAUGAGCGAGGACGUUUGGUUGCAACAGUUCUUACUGGAACAUACGCCGGCGCCAUCGUAGGUUUUCCUAUUAGUGGAAUGAUAACGCACUACAUCUCAUGGGAGUAUGUCUACUAUGUCUCCAGUGGUAUGUGCAUAAUUUGGUAUUUUGCUUGGCUUUGUUUUGUCUUCGAGAAACCAUCACAUGACACAUCCAUCAGCCAAUCAGAAUACGAGUACAUUGUUAAAAACCAAGGGAAAUAUAAUAUCGAAUACGAGAAUCUAAAAGUGCCAUAUCGACAGAUUUUGACGUCAUUGCCUGUUAUAUCGUUAAGUUUGUGCCAUUUUGCCAGAAAUUGGGUCAUCAUUUUACUUCUAACCAAUGAGCCAUACUAUCUCAGCAUGUUCGGUUUCAGCGUUGCAGAAAACGGCGUAUAUUCCUCUAUUCCGCACGUGCUUUUGGUUUUGUGUACAUUUACCAGUGGGCACAUUGCUGACUACCUCCACCUGAAUCCCAAGUACUCCACAACCUUCAUCCGGAAGCUGCUCACUGGGAUAGGUUUUAUAUCACAGGCAGCGUGCUUUUUAAUCUUGACUGUUCUGGAAAAUGGUGUCCCAGUUCUCGUUGUCCUCUCGCUGGCGAUGGGAUUCUUCGGGCUUUCCGUUUCAGGAUGGCAGGUCAACUACUACGAUCUCUCCAGUCGCUAUGUUAACAUUAUAGUCAGCGUCUCCUCAUUUUUCGCCGCAUUGGCUGGGAUCAUCACCCCUCUUGUUGCUGGAGAAUUUCUUUCCCCAAAUAGUUUGAGAGGAUGGAAUGAGACGUUUUACGUAACAAGUGCGAUAGUGCUUUUUGCUGCGUUGGUUUUCAUACUUUUUGGCUCAGGGGAGGAACAACCAUGGGCCAAUCCACCAGAUGGUGUUGUUCUGAUACAAAAAGUUGAUCCGCUUGCCCGGAAGCCAUAUACCGUAGAAUGUAAACAGACUAUGCCAAAUAAGGAGGAAUCCACACAUAAAGACAAAGUGUUUCAGGAUCCCACACCCGAGCAAAUUAAUAAAGUGAUCAACAGAAUGUCUAAAGCGGCCAAUAAAGACUCAUAAUAUAUCCAUAA